CAAGAAUCUUGGCCGAAGAAGCGUGUUGUUUACGCCUAUGCUUCAUCAAGAUGGCUGCUGGUGAUAACAGUGGCAGACCUCCGUGUCUCAACUUCGCCGGCCCGGGUCCCCUGGGAAACAGCCAACCUAGCAACAACGUUUUUUCAAUGCCGGCAUCCAACGGCGGAGCGUUAGGUUCAGCCGGCGGGCCGCAGGGAGCUACUCGACGGUCUAACCCGCAGCUGGGGCCUGGCGGUUUAGAUGGCAACGGCGUUCUGACCUCUGGAGCUCCUCCAACACCUCAGGGUGCUCUUCAGCAGCCGACCGCGGCGAGUGCGGCAGCCACCGGAGGCAUGGCCACCCCGGCGUCCAACAUGAUAACUGUCCCGGCGUCGAACGCCACCCCAGCGGCGGCGCCCACCGCCGCUCCGGCUGCCGCGUCUGUGUUGGUGUACCGGGAGCCGGUGUACAACUGGCAGGCGACAAAGAGCACCGUGAAGGAGAGGCUCGCGUUUCUGUUCAACAACGAAGUGCUCAGUGACGUUCACUUCUUGGUGGGCAAAGGAAUGGGGGUUCAGAGGAUACCUGCACACAGGUUUGUUUUGGCUGUUGGAAGCGCCGUGUUCGAUGCGAUGUUCAACGGCGGAAUGGCGACGACAUCAACGGAAAUCGAGCUUCCUGACGUGGAACCAGCCGCCUUUCUGGCGCUGUUGAAGUUUCUGUACUCUGAUGAAGUUCAGAUUGGGCCAGAGACCGUGAUGACAACUCUAUAUACCGCUAAAAAAUACGCCGUCCCAGCUCUGGAGGCACAUUGUGUGGAGUUCCUCAAGAAGAACCUGAGAGCUGACAAUGCUUUCAUGCUGCUCACACAGGCACGUUUGUUUGAUGAGCCUCAGCUUGCCAGCCUCUGCCUAGAAAACAUUGAUAAGAACACAGGAGAUGCGCUCGCCGCCGAAGGCUUUACAGACGUUGACCUUGAUACGCUGGUUGCCGUGCUGGAGAGAGACACCUUAGGCGUGCGGGAGGUGCGUUUGUUUGGCGCCGCGGUGCGUUGGGCCGAGGCGGAGGCCCACCGGCAGCAGUUGCAGCCCACCCCAGAGAACAAGCGCAAAGUGCUGGGCAAGGCCCUCACACUCAUCCGCUUCCCUCUCAUGACCAUUGAAGAGUUUGCAGCAGGCCCGGCCCAGUCCAGCAUACUGACUGAUAGAGAGGUGGUGAGUCUCUUCCUCCACUUCACAGUGAACCCUAAACCGCGUGUAGACUUCAUCGAUCGGCCUCGCUGCUGCCUCCGCGGGAAGGAGUGCAGCAUCACACGGUUUGGACCGGUGGCGAGUCGCUGGGGCUACAGUGGGACAAGCGACCGCAUACGGUUCUCGGUAAACCGAAGAAUAUUUGUGGUUGGCUUCGGCCUGUACGGCUCCAUACACGGACCGACAGACUACCAAGUCAGCAUUCAGAUUAUUCACACGGACAGUAACACCAUGCUGGGCCAGAAUGAAACAGGCUUCAGCUGCGACGGCUCGGCCAACACUUUCCGAGUCAUGUUUAAAGAACCGGUGGAGAUACUGCCCAACGUUAACUACACUGCCUGUGCUACACUCAAGGGUCCAGACUCUCAUUACGGGACUAAAGGAAUGCGAAAGAUAACACACGAGUCAUCGACAACGGGCACCAAGACCUGCUUCACCUUCUGCUACGCGGCGGGUAACAAUAAUGGCACGUCAGUAGAGGACGGACAGAUUCCCGAAGUCAUCUUCUACACAUAGUCAACUCUCAUGCGAGUCCGUCAAACGUGACAGCUCAGAAGCGGUGGCCGAGUGUCGGGUGGCUGUGUGGGGGGUUCUACAUCUCGGGGCUCAUCUGUCUUAAUACUGUCCCAUCCCACGACUGUUGGCCACAUUGAGAGACAAAUAGCCAUGAGGUCACAAUAUUGUGUGUAGUAAAAUGUCUCUUUUUGAAAAAUACACAGUCCUGUGACUCCACAGCGGAAAAAAAAAAAAAAAAAGGAUCUGCUGAAUUUAUUAGCAGCUUUUCUAUCUCAGCUGCACGUUGCCAACCAAGCUUGACACUGAAUGUUAUCCAAGUUAUUCAGACCAGCAUUUCGUGACUACAAAUCAGUUUUCAUCCAUCUGCGGAUUUUAAAGGCUUUACUCAAUCCAAACUUGUUAACCGUUCCAUUGGAUGAGCGACUUAUGAGUUAAAACGGUUUGAUUUUGUAUCUAUGCUUGGUAUUUGCCUAUAUCCAAAAGACCUUGCACUUUCUUGGCCUUUGCAGAAUUGGUCGUUCGACUGAUGUACAUUAACGCUUCAAAUUUCUUUUUUUUCUUUUUUAACUUUGUUGUAAAUAUGUGGGCCCGGGUUGUUAUUGACAUUAAAUUGUUGCACAAACCCCGAGACCCACAAACCUGCCCUCCGUAAUGUUAAUUAAAGAUAUUGAUUCGUUACUGAUUGAUCAUAAUAGAGAAGUAAACGCAUGUUACAUCGUUGUCGGCUUCAGAAAACACGUUAAGAAACAA